AUGACUGCUGGAGGGAGACGGGGAGCGGCGGCCCGGGACAAACCACAGCCAAAGAGCCCGGCAACAGUGAUGGCAGUGAGGGCCAGGAGGGCUCUGUGGCUGGCACUGGGCAUGCUCACUCUGUCCCUGCUGCUGGUGGUCCUGGGCAUCUACACCACGACCCGCACAGAGAGCCUCAGCGUCAGCGGCUACGCCUCUGGAGUCAUCCUGGCCUUUGGAUCAUUCCUGGGAGUUCUUGGGCUUUGCCUGGAAGAAAACCGCAAACAGCUGCUGACUGCUGCAAUAGUGUUCCUCAGCUUUGGGAUCAUUACCUCAUUUCUCUGCCUUGUGAUAGAUGGUGUUUUCAUAGCCUUUAACAUGGACAUUCGUCCUCUGAAAGCAGGGAGAUGCCAGUACUACAGCAGCGGCAGCAGCUACAUCUAUGAGAAUUACUAUGCCUCUGUGUCGUGUCACAGUCUGAAGGAAUCAUGUAGCAUGGUGGUACGAAGUGGGACCUGCUACUGCUGCGACCUGUACGACUGUGCCAAUGGAAGCUACCUGGACAACUACUAUGAGUUUGUUGGUGUGCAGGACUGCCGGGACGUCCUGACUCUGUACGCUCUGAUCUGGGUCCUAACCUGCCUCAACCUUGUGGCCUUCUUCACAGGCUUGUUGGUCACAGCAGUGCUAGGCAGCAUUAAGGACUUGAGGAGGAGCAGCGCAGUGAACCAGCCUUCUGAGAGCACAAUGUGCUCUCCUACAGCUCCACUGCUGAUGGAUGCCAGCACACACACAGUUCAGCAGUUCCACCCGAGUUUUCCUUCAUCACUGAACCCUCAGUCCAACCCUCCUCCCUUCGCCCCGCUGUCCAACCUACUGCCGCACAAAGUCCAAAGCUUCUCAGCCUGAGGCCACCACACCACUCCGCCACCUGAUCUGUCAUCACUAC